UAAUAACUAUUUAUAUUUUAAGACUAAAGAAUUAAUUAAAAAUGUUAGAAGAAAAUAUUUUAACUCCAAAGUGUGUACUGUGUAAAAGAGUAAUAGAUAACUCAUGUAAAUGUAACUUAUGGAAAAACGAUGCUUACAAAAUUUGUAAGGCUUGUGCAGAUUCUUCGUGCUGUAUUUCUUAUCCUGAUAAUGUUUUAAUAGUUAAAAGAGCAUUUAAAAAAUUUACAGCCCAAUCAAUAGUAGAAAUUUCAUCUUCAUCGUUACUCGUGUCUAUUUUCUCUGGUCAAUUGUAUAGUUACAGACACAACAUUUAUAAUUCUGGCGGGAAGGCAAAAAGAAACCUUAUAGACCAAGACUUAAUGUACCUUUUAUCCGAGGAUAUAAAAGACAAUCUUAUACACGCUAUUUCUAAAUCAUUUAAUAGUCUUAAGACUAGUGAUUAUACAUUUAAAGUGUUGCUUCCUGAAGCAAUACUGUAUCUCUUUGCAAAAGUGGAAGGAAUUUCAAGAAUUAAAGCUGAAGUAUUGUUAAGUACUUAUUCUUUACAAAGAACAACUGAGCUGUUGAAUAAAUUUUCAGAUGAUGAUAUAGAUUUUUUCGAAACAAGUACUCAAUUUAAAAAAGGAGAGGUAAUAGAAGACGGAAAUACAAAAAUUGAAGGGCUCGAAAAGAUAAACAAGCAAGAAAGUGAAACAUUGCAAAUAGAGCAGCUACUUACGGUUAAAGAUAAAAGAAUAUGCAAGAACCAUGUGCCAAGUUUAGUUAUUGAAGAUGAAGUGCCAAUAGAAGUAAACAAGAGUUGUAAAAAGAGAAGAAAAAAAGAAUCAAGGUGUAAAGUUGAUUGUCCUAAGUGUGGAGAGUCAGUUGCUCAAUUAAAAAGACACUUAAAAUCGAGAAAGCAUAAUUGGGAUAAUAUUAAGGCAUCAAAUGCACGUUUAGACUUUGGGCUAAACCUUAAACGAAAAGUCUUAUCACCUUCAAAAAGGCGUUCGAAGGUCCAAAAAUACCAUAAAAAAACUUGUCCUAUAAGUUUUUGUUUAAAGGAAGUACGAAGACUUGACAACCAUUUAAGACAAUAUCAUAAAGUCCCAACAAAGGAUGUCAAACCUCUAGUGGAAAAAGCUACUUGUGUCUAUGAACGAUCAACAAGUGAAUCAGAAUCACUAACAGAAUCAGAUGAGAGCUUAAGUCUAGAACCUUAUUUUGAUAAAGAAGUGUUUCAACAAGGUGCAAAUUUUUUAGAUACAUCAACAGAAAGUGAUGAAGAGUGGCUAGCUUCACAAUAUGUGGCUAGUAGAUUUAAAAACAAAGAAAAUCUUCCUUGUCACUCAAACGAUAUUAGUAAUUCUGAUGAUUCCCUUGAAUCAGCAGAUUUUGAAGACCUGGAUGAUAAAUUCUACAUGACAUCAUCUGCCGAAGAAAAGUUCAUGAAUGAAUUUGUUGAUUGGCUUAUAAGCAUUGAUGGAGGCCAGAAACCUAAACGAUGUGCUUUAAAGCACAAAAGUGUAAUAUUAGGAAUUGUUAGGUAUGAAAGUGAAUUUGAAAUCAACUACAGUAAUCUAAGUUGUUCUUCUUUUCUGAGCUUGUGGAUGGAAAAGCUCAAUAAAGAUAAUAAAAAACCGGGUACCAUCAAAACUUAUCUCGGAUCGGUAAAACAUUUCUUAGAUUUUUGUAUUAUAAAGGAAAGAUUUGAUAUUAUUACAAGCGAAAAACAUUCAAAAAUAAAAACACAAAUUUCAAAGUGGGAAAAAACUCUAUGGAAGUCCAUUCAAGAAGGUCGGUAUGAGAAGGAUCAAAUUGAUCUUGAAAAUUUUCCAUCUGCAGAAGAAAUAGUUAUCUUAGAUAACUCGGAUAUUGUUCUUGAAGCAAACAAGAUUAUUAAUACAAGCAGCACAAAUAAACUUACAAAAACUUCCUUUUGUUUAGCAAGAGAUUACUUACUUACUUGUAUUACAUUUGACAAUGCUUCUCGUCCUGGAGCAGUAUCAAACAUGACUUUAAAUGAAUUUAAAAAAUCAAUAGAAAAGAAAGACGGUUUUAUUGUCAGUGUAAUGAAACACAAGACAAGUUAUAAAGGACCAGCUCAUAUUGUUCUCAGCCAUUCGUUAUAUUUUAAAGUAAAAAAGUAUAUUAAAUUUAUGCGAAAUAUGCUGGAUGGGGUUUCAAAAAAAGAUGAUUCCUAUGUUUUUUUAAGUUGGAGUGGAAGUCCAAUUUCUUCAUCAAUGCUUAGUAAACAAUUUUCAUCUUUUUGGCAAAAAGGUACUGGUAAAUCGUGUCUAAACCCAACAAUUGUUAGAAAAUACACCACAACUUUAGUACAUGAUAAGUAUCCUGAGCUUAAGCAAAAUACAGCUCAUUUGCUAUGCCAUAAUGUUACCACAGCCGAAAAAUCAUAUGCCAUAGCUGAGAAAAGGAACAAAGUCGCAGAAACUAGUAAGCAAAUUCGAGAGGUCCAGAGAGAAACAUAUGCUGACAAUCAAGCACCUUCCUUGAAUUUGAUUUUUGAAUCUGAAAUUUUAAGGGGCAGUAUAACAUUGCCUGAAGUCCGUGAAAAAUUUAAUCAGUAUUCUCUUGGUGAUAUAUCGGAUAGUAAAAAGGUGAAAAAAAUUCUAGAUGAUGUGCGCUAUUUAAUUAAAAAAAACAAAGCAUCUGAUGAUGAUUCGGAUUUUAAUCCUAAGAACUGUUCAGAUUUUGAAAAUGAUAAGUUUACAAUUGAUAACCUUUCAUACAACAAACACAGUGAUAUUGUCCCAUCUUCACCUACUACGUCAUUGUAUUCUAAAACAAGAAAUCGGAAAGAGUAUAGCCAGGAAGAUUUAACUUUAGUUAAUAAGCAUUUAAAGCAGUUUAUCGAUUCAAACACAACAUUGUUAAAAAAAGAAGUGCAACAGUAUUUAGAAUCAGUGCCAGAGUGCAAUCCACUACUAGAAAAGUUUGGCUUAAGGUCGUUAAUUAUUAAAAUUCGUACAGAAAAAGGAAAACAUUAAAUAUAUUUACCUUUGUACUUUGGUUUGGUUUUUUGGUGAUAUAUAUAUAUAUA